AUGGCAGAUCGACGUUAUCUUAAUCUUCGAGAGCGGCCUGAUAACUCUCCAGCCUUUGAGACCCUUCAGAAUACUACCUGUGGAUACUCGCAAUGUAUUCAGAUAUACCCUGGUGAAAUCUUUUGUCGUAUUAUAGUAGACAGUGAAGAAGAGAUUGAGUUAUGCCCUGUUAAAGAAUUUUCACGAAUAACAACAGCAUAUUUUCGUCAAGUCGGGAGGGCGAUUGAAGGUCAGAGUACGUCUAACUCUAAUUCAACUCCUGGUCCGACUCCUGGUCCGACUCCUGGUCCGACUCCUGGUCCGACUCUUGGUCCGACUCCUGGUCCAACUCCUGGCCCGACUCCUGGCCCGACUCCUGGCCCGACUCCUGGCCCGACUCCUAGUCCAAUUACUGAUAUUCUUACUACUUUAACUACUGCUUUAAAUAAUGCUCCUGCCGACCAACUUAUUGCUCUAACUGCUGCUUUAACUGCUACCCUAGCCCAAGCUCAGGCUUCUAACGCAGCUUCUAGUACAAUUCCUGGCGUAGCUAUAACUCCAGAGAACUGCUCCUACUCUUUCUGGCGUAAUAGCUGGCGCAACUCCUAG